AUGAAGGAGGAGAUUGCAGCAGCUGUGUUCUUCGUGGCUCGGCUGGCGAAGCGCCAUGGUAGUUUAGAUGCUGAGAGCAGAGAGAGGUUUGCUGCUGCCCUCACCUCGGCUCUGUUUGACACCUACAAGACCCACUGGUACCCACACACACCUGUCAAGGGACAGGCCUACCGGUCAGUACCCACACACACCUGUAAGGGACAGACCUACCCGGUCAGUACCCACACACACCUGUAAGGGACAGACCUACCCGGUCAGUACCCACACACACCUGUCAAGGGACAGACCUACCCGGUCAGUACCCUCACACACCUGUAAGGGACAGACCUACCCGGUCAGUACCCACACACACCUGUCAAGGGACAGACCUACCGGUCAGUACCCACACACACCUGUCAAGGGACAGACCUACCCGGUCAGUACCCACACACACCUGUCAAGGGACAGACCUACCGGUCAGUACCCACACACACCUGUCAAGGGACAGGCCUACCGGUCAGUACCCACACACACCUGUCAAGGGACAGGCCUACCGGUCAGUACCCACACACACCUGUCAAGGGACAGGCCUACCGGUCAGUACCCAGUACCUUCACACACUACACAUUUCCUCUAUGGUUUUGUCUCAAUGGCUUUGUGUUCAGGUGUGUGUGUAACCCACUGUUCGUGCGUUAGGUGCCUGCGUAUGAACCGAGCCCAGCUGAGGGACCCUGUGUUGGAGAGGGCGUGUGUACGGAGCGUUGUCUGUUACGAGGACCUGGGGUUGCCACGGGAGAUUACCAUCUGGGUCGACCCGGGAGAGGUGUCCUGCAGGUGAGCGCUGCUGUACUGAGCCACUACUGUCCUGGUAUGUCUUACUGUAGCCUCUCGGGCAGAGAUCGUCAACUGGCGUGCCAAAUUCGGCCCACUGGCAUGUACAUUUUUUUGGGGGGGCCCCAAUAGUUUUUGUUUUUAGACAGAAGACUGUAAAAUCACUAGGAAUUCACCUCAAAAAAUGAUCUUGUUUAGGAAAUCUAUUUCCACUCAUAAAUAGACUUAUGUGAUCAUGUACAAAUGUAACUGAGGUUUGAGAUUGUCAAAUACAAUAUCUGUUUGGGCUUCUUGGAUCAAUUUGCAGAGUACAAAUUAUUUAUAAUGAUGUUCCGGACCCCCGACCAUCAGCCUUAGAAACUCGGCCCGACAUUUGGUUAUUAGACCAGGGUUUUUUAAACCUCUCCACGGGGACCCCCUAUUUAAUUUAUUCUACAGCUAUCACACCUGAUAAAACUAAUAUCAAGCCUUUGACUACUUCAAUCCGAUCAGCUGGUUCAGGGCUACAACAUAAUUGUGAAAAGUCUGGGGGUCCCCAAGGAGAAGUUUGAAAAACGUAUUGGUCCAGUUCAGCUAGAACCUCCCUGUUAACCUGGGCCCAGGGGGAGGGGGUCCAGUUCAGCUAGAACCUCCCUGGGCCCAGGGGGAGGGGGUCCAGUUCAGCUAGAACCUCCCUGUUAACCUGGGCCCAGGGGGAGGGGGUCCAGAUCAGCUAGAACCUCCCUCUGCUUGUUAACCUGGGCCCAGGGGGAGGGGUCCAGUUGUGCAGUGAACCGUCCUGUGAACUGGGCCCAGGAGGAGGGGUCAGUUCAGCAGAACUUCCCUCUGUGUAUCACUAGGCUGUCACCACGGGGGAGUUUGUCCGUCAGCUAGAACCUCAUUGCUUGUUAACCUGGCCCGGGAGGUCCAUCAGCUGAACCUCUGUUCUCUGCUUGUUAACUGGGCAGGGGAGGGGCUUACUGUUUGGCAGACAGUGUUUGAUGUUUCCCUGUGUAGGUCGGAAGCGCAGCGUUCCCUUCUUGUAUGAGCUGGCAAGUGGCUGUCACCACGGUGAUGGGGAGUUUUCCCGCCGCAUACAUAAUGCGGUGGAGCGAGCCGCCUCCGACAUCCAAUCAGGUGCUCUGGUUUUCUGUUUUACUCAUGUUUUCUGUUUCUCAGACAACUAUUUGUAUUUCUUACCCUGAUUUAUCAAAUGUGCUGCAACAUGUAUGGGUGGAUUCAAUUAUGCUGAGCUGCGGGAAACCGGUCAAUGGCGCGUGACGUAAAUGGUUAAAUGCGCUGAGGGAAGAGCGCCCUUCUCAAAAUUGAACAGUAAUCUGUGCCGCUUGGUCAUGUUGUCGUCAAGGCAGCAUGGUGCAUCGUUCAGAAACAUCUAUUUUCCAUCAACUAGUUUUCUAACUAGUUUUCACUGGAAGGCAGUUCCCAAUUAACUGUUCUUGUAUGUCUUACUGUAGGACAGGGAUCAUCAACUGGCGUUUUUAUCAAAAUCAAUCACUUUUGCCCUUAAACACAGAAUCCUACUCCUUAUCCACAUGCUUCAUUUAGCCUCGGCUACGUCACUUUUGUUUUGAGCUGACUUCGCCGUGGGCUUUGAACGGGGCACCUGGCUCACGCCUGGGAGGCAACCCUGUUCCAAAACGAAUACAACCACUUUUCACCCGGCGCAAACUCCUCCCACCGGGGUAACCCAGGCCAGAUAAUCGGAUCCAUUCACUGUGAAAAGUGUUUUAAAGCUUUGAUUUGAUCCAAUCAGGAUCUUCCUCUGAUGAGGGCGGGGACACCAGCAUGAGUAGCAGCUGCAGCAGCCUAUCAGCUCCCUGCCCUGCCCUGGGCCCUGCCCCCAACCCAAAACCCAAAACCAUCCCAACAGUCAGCAACCCCAACAGUGUCUACCAGGUAAAUGGAGCUCUAGACGUGUCUACCAGGUAACUAACCAACUAAUGUUAAGCGCUCUGACGUAACGAACCAGCACUGGAAGAAGCUCUACAGUAGGGGUUGUCAACUCUGACCCUCCGAGGUCCGGAGCCCGCUGGUUGUCAACUCUGACCCUCCGAGGUCCGGAGCCCGCUGGUUGUCAACUCUGACCCUCCGGAGGUCCGGAGCCGGCUGGUUGUCAACUCUGACCCUCCGAGGUCCGGAGCCGGCUGGUUGUCAACUCUGACCCUCCGAGGUCCGGAGCCGGCUGGUUGUCAACUCUGACCCUCCGAGGUCCGGAGCCGGCUGGUUGUCAACUCUGACCCUCCGAGGUCCGGAGCCGGCUGGUUUUCUGUUCUACCUGAUCAUUAAUAUCACCCACCUGGUGUCCCAGGGCUAAACCAGUCCCUGAUUAGAGGGGAACAAUGAGAAAUGCAGUGGAACUGGCUUCCAGGUCCAGAGUUGAGUUGGAGGGCUCUAGGGACGUGUGAUGGGGUUUAGAUAAUGUGUGUGGUGAUGGGGUUUAGAUAAUGUGUGUGGUGAUGGGGUUUAGAUAAUGUGUGUGGUGAUGGGGUUUAGAUAAUGUGUGUGGUGAUGGGGUUUAGAUAAUGUGUGUGGUGAUGGGGUUUAGAUAAUGUGUGGGGGUGAUGGGGUUUAGAUAAUGUGUGGGGGUGAUGGGGUUUAGAUAAUGGUUGCGUUCCCCUGCUCAGACAUUGCAUGCCACGUCAUCGACUGCAGUCGGGCACCAGAUGUGGUCCAGGCGUCGUACGAGCUGCAGGCGUCAAUCAUGUGGUUUAGAUACUGUAACUCUUUCUGUUCCAGUUCAGUGAGUUUGCUCCAGUGCCACCCCCUCCGGCCUGGUCAGCUUACCCCAACAGGAAGGCCUUCCCUGGGGACGGCUACCCCCCUCACGGCCCCCCCUCUGGAGCUCUGUUUGCCCAGCAGCAGUGCAGCAGCCAGUUCCGGCCUCCUAAAGGAUUCAGACCCUACAGAGCCGCCUCCUCCUUCACUGGGCCCAGACAGGACAAGUACCACUGGGUCAGCAAGAACCGCUCCUAG